UUGCCGGACUUCGGAUCUGCGCGUGCGCGAGGUGACAGAUUGGUUCCAGCGGAGGCAUGGAAGGAGACGCGGCCCGGGGGUGCCUGUCGAUGGAUGGCUUUGCUCGGGUAGCUGAAGCCGGCGUCUCCAGCCCCGAGUUCACAGCUCUUUGCUCUUGGCUAGUUUCCGAGCUCCGCAGCCUUUGCCCACUCGAAGAGGAUGUGAAUCCCACUCGUGGUCCUGAGGAUGCCGAGACCUUUCAGAUCGAAGUGAGCGGCCUCCUUGGAGAGCUGCAUUGUCCCUACUCCUCACUGACUGCGGGGGACGUAACAGCCAGGCUUAGCACCCCGGACAAGUGCCUCCAGCUUCUGUAUUUUUUGAGCUCAGAGCUCCUCGCUGCCCGGCUGCAGGCUCGGAAGACGUCCUGUUCGCCACCGGAAAAAGAAGACCGAGCUGGCGAAGCUGUGAACGAGCUCCAACUCAUCUGCCAAGCCCUGGGGAUGCUGGACCUGGAUCCAGGCUGCCCAGUCCAUCAAGCCAUGGCUGACAUAGAAGCCAAGGUUUCGGAGGUGCUUUCUUCACUACCCCCUGAGCACCUGCAGAUGGCGCCGCUCCUAAAGGCCACGCUGACCUCCGAGGAAUGGGGGGCGCUGGAGGGCAUACGGGACGUGUUGUGCACAGAGUAUCAGCGCCGCCGACGCAUGAUGGCUACUCGUCUUGAUGUCACCGUUGAGUCCUUCCAUUGGUCCGAGAGGGCAAAGGACCGCAGCGGAGCUAUGUCAGAGGCCUUCAAACCCUUGCGGCAAUCUUUACUGGAGGAGUCGCAGGUCACCCUUCCCCACCUGCUGGCAGCGCGGGAGGACCUCUCCCGCAUCGUGAAGACCAGCAGCGGAGCUUCGCGGGACAAGACAAGCUGUGCUGUCAACAAGGUGCUGAUGGUUGGUGACGUCCCAGACCGCGGUGGGCGUCCGAAUGAGAUUGAACCCCCUAUGCCCAUGUGGGAGAAGAGGCGAGAAGGAGGAAAAGGGGGCGACCACCAGCGAUGGGGCAAGCGGAGCAAGAAGAAGAAAAAGUAGCAAGGGGAUGGAUCCAGACCUCCUCCAGUGUGGGGUAUGGUCAAAACUACCCUUAACUUUAGGGCAGGGAAGAGGCUUCAGGAAGUUAACUGCAGCAAGGAUGAGCGGUGGAUACAGACCCAAAGCCCAGCCUUCACCAAAGGUGGUUUCAGUAUUGCCUUUCCCCAGGAUGCGGGGAAAUGCAGUUUAAAAGAAAGGUGCCGAUUACAUUGAACUUGAGACGGUGGGCCGGGGCAUGUGCGCUAACAUCAGACAUCUCCCCCCCCCCUUCUCUUGCUUUAAAGUUGUUGGACACAGACAUUUGUGUUGUCCACAUUAUAGUUUGGUGCCAGAUGAAUUGCACCUUUGGAGCAGAGAGGGGGAGGCUGUGGUUCCUUCCUAGGCCAUUGGACUUCAUCUCCCAGCAUCCCCAGUUAGUGGGGCCAGUGAUCGGGUGUGAAGGGAGUUGGGGGGCCAAUGUCCUGAGGGCCACAUGUUCCCCAUCCCCGAUCUAGUUAAUACACAACUUACAAGGAUGAAGGAACAAGAGGUGCUAGCAAACGUCUGGAUUUUGCAAGGUUUCUUUUGGGGCUUUAGAUGCUGAAUGUGGGUAGGAAGCAACCUUCCUUUUGGGGCUGGAUGGGCAGCAUCUAUGAGAAAUCCAGCUUUAGAAAUGUCCCAUUAGAUUUAAUCAGACAAUGUAGGGAGAGGGAAGAUAUUAUUUUGGGAUUUUUAGGCACAAACCCAAACUUCUUUGUACCUUUACCUCCUCUGGAUUAUCCAAAGGGUGGCUCAGUUGCAACAGCCAGUGAGUAUGAGAUUUUGUUUGAAUGGUGCGAGUUAAUUUUGGUCCUUGUUCUGAAGGGACAGGAUUGAAAAUGGCCAAGCUGGGUUCAGUAUAACACUUAAGAGAUUAAACAUUUUCCUUGUAAUUCAAACUCAUUGUGCAACGGAGUAUGUGUGUGUUUAAAACUCUAGUCUUCAUCUUUUACCUCUCUUUUUUUAUUGUGCCAGGAGGGUUAAGAGAGCAGAAUACUAAGUCAUUUGAAGGACAUUUUUUAAAUCUUUUUUUAAGGGGAAAUCACAUCCCUUCCCCCCUGCCCAAAAAGUGGGAGUGGUUACACAAAGCUUGUGGGGGGGGUAUAGCUGAAAGUGAAUCUUUAUGGGGAGAGAGUUAGAUUUAAACAAUAUAAUUCCUGUAUUCAGUAUGACGCAUUGCAUCUAUUCCCAGGAACAAAUGUAUUCCACCUCUCAUCCCCCCCCAAUGAACAGAGGGUUGGAGAAGUGAAUAAAAGAUUCCGGGUUUCCCCCCGAAA